CUUUCGCUAGACCUCCGGGUCGGGACUGCCCCGGGAUUCAAGGGGGGCUCGAAAGGGGGCAGGCCUCUGCUCCCCCUCCCGCACAUUCCCCAUCACACCCCCAAGCCUCCGCUCCCACGCCGCUGGGACCCCAGCCCCUCGCGCGCCCCGGGCCCAGUCGCCCGGCCCCUUCCCUGGCACCCGCACCCCCGCCCGCAGCCGAGGCUCCAGAUGGCGGCUCCUAGCGCUCGGCUCGCGGCCCCCAGACGCCGCCCGGCAGCAGCCGCCGGUCGCUCCCUCCCUCCCAGCUGCUGCGGCGACCACGACUGCUCGGCAAGGAGGGCGGGUUCCUGCGCCGGCUCGGCUUGGGGUAGGAGCCGGGCCGCCGAGGGGCGCUCCAGAGCUGUGCCCGCGGGGAAGGAGCCCACCAGGCCCCAGGAGCAGAGAGUUGAAUGUCGAAAAGGAACCCCGAGAUCCCCCAACGAAAAUGUGUGGCGGAAUCCUGCAGAAGGAGUCAACUUGCAGGGUGUUAAAGACUUCCAGUCAUUAGCAUCAGAUGCUGCACUAAAGGGGCAAGCCAGCGCCUCUAAGUGGCUUAGCGCAAAAACGAGGCUCCCGAGACGGCCUCGGCCACUCCAUCCACUCUUCCACCACCUGCUGGACGUGAAAAGCUCUCCGGAGCCCAUCUCGGCAGAGCCUACUUGACAGCAACACCAACACCUCUCGACAUGGAAAUACACUGAUAGAAUAGGCAAAAGAAACACUCGUCUGCAUCUCCCGGUUCCAGGUGGCCUUAUUGGGGCGGUUUGAUCCUGACCUUAUUCCUGUGAUGGAGGAUUCGGGCAUCCAGCGAGGCAUCUGGGAGGGAGAUGCCAAGGCUGUCCAGCAGUGUCUGACAGAUAUUUUUACCAGCGUUUACACCACCUGCGACAUCCCUGAGAAUGCUAUAUUUGGUCCCUGCGUCCUGAGCCAUACUUCCCUGUACGACAGCAUAGCUUUCAUAGCUCUCAAGUCCACAGACAAGAGAACGGUCCCUUAUAUCUUCCGGGUAGACACCUCAGCGGCGAAUGGUUCCUCGGAAGGUCUCAUGUGGCUGCGUCUGGUCCAAUCAGCCAGAGAUAAAGAAGAGCAGAACCUUGAAGCCUAUAUAAAAAACGGACAGCUGUUUUACCGCUCUCUCCGCAGGAUUGCCAAAGAUGAGGAGUUACUAGUUUGGUACGGGAAAGAACUGACCGAGUUACUCUUGCUCUGCCCCUCUAGAUCCCACAGCAAAAUGAAUGGGUCGUCCCCUUACACAUGCCUGGAGUGCAGCCAACGUUUCCAGUUUGAGUUCCCCUAUGUAGCGCAUCUGCGCUUCCGCUGCCCCAAGAGACUUCACGGCGCUGAUCUGAGCCCCCGAGAGGAGCAAGGCGGCGGCGUGGGUACCAAGGAUCACGGAGGCGGCGGCGGUGGCAAGGACCAACAGCAGUCGCAGGAGGCACCCUUGGGUCCCGGCCCAAAGUUCUGCAAAGCCGGUCCAGUCCACCACUACCCGGCCCCCUCCCCCGAGAGCGGUAACCCGCCGGCGGCUGGUGGCGGCAGCGGCGCGAAGCCGUCCACGGACUUUCACAACCUGGCGCGGGAGCUGGAGAACUCCGGGGGCGCCAGCAGCUGUUCCCCGGUGCGUAGCCUCGGCGGCGGCAGCGGCCACCAGGAGGCGGAGCUGAGUCCCGACGGCACCGCCGCGGGCGUGGGCAAAGGGAAGAGGAAGUUCCCGGAGGAGGCGACCGAGGGCGGCGGCGCGGGGCUGGUGGGGGGCCGGGGCCGCUUCGCCGAGCGGGCCCUGCCCGCCUCCAAGGAGGACCUGGUGUGCACGCCGCAGCAGUACCGCAACUCGGGCAGCUACUUCAGCCUGGAGGAGAACGGCCGCCUCUUCGCGCCGCCCAGUCCCGAGACGGGAGAGGCGAAGCGCAGCGCCUUCGUGGAGGUGAAGAAGGCGGCCCGGGCGGCCGGGGAGCCGGAGGAGGCGGCCGCCGACGGCGGGGGCGCGGCCGCCGAGGAGCAGGACGCGGGCGGCGGUGGCGGCUCCUCCUCCACGCCCGUGGCCGCGUCCCCGGCCGGCACCGAGAAGCUGCUGGCCCCGCGGCCCGGGGGCGCGCUGCCAGGCCGGCUGGAGGGCGGCAGCCCGGCGCGGGGCAGCGCCUUCACCUCGGUGCCGCAGCUGGGCGGCGCGGGCGGCGGCGGCGCGGGGGGCGGCGGGGGCGCUGGGGGCGGCGCGGGAGGGGCGGGCGGGGGCCAGGGCGCAGCGGCGGACGAGCGCAAGAGCGCCUUCUCGCAGCCGGCGCGCUCCUUCUCGCAGCUGUCCCCGCUGGUGCUGGGCCAGAAGCUAGGCGCUCUCGAGCCGUGCCACCCCGGCGACGGGGUGGGCCCCACCAGACUGUACCCCGCCGCCUCCGACCCGCUGGCCGUGAAGCUCCAGGGAGCGGCGGAGCUGAACGGAGGUUGCGGGGCCCUGCCGAACGGCGGCGGCGGCGGCGGGCUGCCCAAGCAGAGCCCGUUCCUCUAUGCCACCGCCUUCUGGCCCAAGAGCUCCGCCGCCGCGGCGGCCGCAGCGGCGGCGGCCGCGGGGCCCCUGCAGUUGCAGCUGCCGUCGGCGCUCACGCUGCUGCCGCCCUCGUUCACCUCACUGUGUCUGCCCGCGCAGAACUGGUGCGCCAAGUGCAAUGCCUCCUUCCGCAUGACCUCCGACCUAGUGUACCACAUGAGGUCGCAUCACAAAAAGGAGUACGCUAUGGAGCCCUUGGUGAAGCGGAGGCGGGAGGAGAAACUCAAGUGCCCCAUUUGCAACGAGUCUUUCAGGGAGCGCCACCACCUCUCCAGGCACAUGACCUCGCAUAAUUGACACGGAAAGGACCUCCGCUUUCCGCGCGCGCGCGCACGCACGGUCAAACCACCUGCAGGAACAAACACGCGAGGACACCCACCACCUCCUUGUGAGCGAAAACAUCACACCCGAAGACACUCGCGCACACACAGGCACACACACGUGGUCUCCCCCAACCCUUACAUCCAGAUGUUUACCUGUGACCUACACCACACACCCCCCCCCACACACACACACACGAGACAGGAUGGUGGAUUUUUGAUCGGGUGGGUUGUUUGAAGGGUUUUCUUUUGAAUGCACGCAUUUUCACUUUCCCAAAAACAAAGGUACAUUUUUUAAAAUGUCGUAUAUUGCAACAUAUUGAUGCAUUUGUCAUACGUUUCUACUUAAAUUAUUAAGCACUUACGGUUUAGAUGUAAUAAUUAUAUGUAAGGGCAAAAUUUAUUUUAGAUAUAAAGUAAAGGAGGAGGGUGAGAUGCUUCCUGCAUUUCUUGAUUACAGUUUGUGUUCUUACAAAAAUAAGCAAAACAAAUAAAAAGGAGGUAACCAUUCAGUUUAAGUUUCCAGGGGGAAGUGCAUGUAUCAUGAAAUGAUUAUGGACUUCAAUGAAGAAUGUCAUCAUUAUGUAAAUAUGUAUUUCCUUUUAAUACAAAGUGUAAUUUUGUGCCAGUGAAAUGGAGUCUGAAUAGUUAUGUGUUUCUUUUAUCCCUGGAAAGAUUUAUUAAACUUUAUAGAUUAUCCAGGUAUGUUGGAUGCUUUGACAAUAAAUGACUAUUUUCCUCAAAGCAA